AAGCUUGAUAUCUGAAUAUCUAAGAAGCAAUACAUAUUUAUACCGUAUUCAAAAUACACUACACAAUUUGAGCUACUGGUCUCGUACCGUACCGUCAUUCAUUCAUUCAAUCGCCGGACAUCGGUACAAGCGGACCAUCAGUGCACAUACUAUAACCAAGUAAGAUCUUACUAUAAAUCCUAAAUGUCUAACCUUUAUUAGUCAGACAUUCAGCAGAACCCACUACCUACAAUCCCGAAAUCAACUUACGACUCCAUACUUUGUUACUUAAUCUAAAUCUGAAGUUCAUUACAACACCACACACUUUCAAUCCCUCCCUUACCAUCUUCCUUCUUCUACACUAUUCAGAGUCAUACCAUCCUUACUCUGCUCUAUUUACUUCCUUCUUCCUCCUUCUUCCUUGACCACUUCUCUGUUUAAUGGUCAGGUUACAUAUAUCAAUAAUCACACGCCAUCUUUGACUCGUUGCUUUUGAGGGUCAUUCACACCGAAAUUACUCUUCUUCGGUAGCCUUGUGUGCCUAGGACCUCGUCGCCUUUGACGAGCCAAGCACUCAUUCACAGUCACCAUUUCUUCCCAAUCUAAAAAGAGAAAGGCGGCUGAGGCGAUACCAUACAACGAUAAGGACGAGAAUCGAUCCAACAAAAGGAUCGCCUCAGCAGCAGCAACGUCAACGUCUUCCGAAAAACCCACAGUAACUCCUUCACCACAAGCCAACAGCAACAGUAUGGAUUCCGAGGACGACUUCAUGUCUGGAGCAUCAAGUGAGGAUGAUGUUCUUAUGGGCGAAAGUGAAAAUGAAGAGGAGUCGGAGGAUGGUAAGUGGACACUUUCUUAAUUAUCUUCUAACAAAUUCCCUCACCUUACAAGUACUAACAUCUUUGGGGUCAUGUAGAAUUCGGAUUCGAAGAAUCAGCACCAGAUAUUUGCUUCAAGGAUGAUACGCAGAAGAAAAAGAAGUCGCUUGAUAUAAAUUACAAGGUUCACCGUCCCGAAGAUAUUCAAAGUCAGCAGGACGAACUUAUUAAUGAAGUCAACAUGAUACUCGAUAUUCGCAAAGAAGACGCUGCUAUUCUCUUGAGGCACUUCAGGUGGAAUAAAGAACGUUUGAUCGAAGAUUAUAUGGACCGUCCGAAAAAGGUCCUUGAUGAUGCUGGUUUAGCAUCGAGUAAAUCAGGGCCACCGAAGCUUGAGGUUAUACCAGAUUUUGUCUGCGACAUCUGUUGCGAGGAUGAACCCGGAUUACAAUCGUUUGCUAUGAAAUGUGGGCAUCGAUACUGCGUUAACUGCUAUAAUCAAUACUUGAGUCAAAAGAUCAAGGAGGAGGGAGAGGCAGCUCGUAUUCAAUGUCCACACGACGGAUGCCGACGAAUUAUGGAUAGUCAUUCUCUGGAUCUACUUGUUGCUGCAGAUUUGAAGUCACGAUAUCACGAACUUCUCACGAGAACAUACGUUGAAGACAAAGAGUUCUUGAAGUGGUGCCCCGCUCCGGAUUGUCAAAAUGCUAUUGAGUGUGCUAUCAAGAAGAAGGAUCUUGAUAAAGUUGUCCCAACAGUUGCAUGUGAAUGCAAGCAUCGUUUCUGUUUCGGUUGCAUAUUAGCGGACCAUCAGCCUGCACCUUGUACACUGGUCAAGAGAUGGCUGAAGAAGUGUGCGGAUGAUUCUGAAACCGCCAAUUGGAUUUCUGCCAACACAAAAGAAUGUCCAAAGUGUAAUUCUACUAUUGAGAAGAACGGAGGGUGCAACCAUAUGACCUGUCGAAAGUGCAAACAUGAAUUUUGUUGGAUGUGCAUGGGAUUAUGGUCGGAGCAUGGAACAAGCUGGUACAACUGCAAUAGAUAUGAAGAGAAAAGUGGCUCCGAAGCCAGAGAUGCUCAGGCGAAUUCCCGAAAAUCCCUGGAACGUUACCUUCAUUACUAUAAUCGGUAUGCCAAUCAUGAACAAUCAGCAAAGCUGGACAUCGAUAUAUAUCAUAAGACAGAGAAAAAGAUGAUUCAACUUCAAUCCGCUUCGGGAUUAUCUUGGAUUGAAGUUCAAUAUCUCAAUUCCGCAAGUCAAGCUUUACAAACUUGCCGUCAAACUCUUAAAUGGACCUACGCCUUUGCUUUUUAUCUUCAACGAAAUAACCUUACAGAAAUGUUCGAGGAUAAUCAAAGGGAUCUUGAGAUGGCGGUCGAAGCUUUGUCGGAAAUGUUUGAGAAACCAGUUCAGGAACUUGCUGCCCAGAAAUUGAAGGUUGAAAUUAUGGACAAGACAUCUUAUUGUAACAAACGUCGAAUAAUCUUGCUAGCAGAUACUGCCGACAAUCUUGCCACUGGUGCAUGGUCUUGGAGCACGAGCUUUUGAUCACAUGUUAUCCGGACUCCUCUGCUUCUAUUCACUUCUUCAGUAAAUAAGAUCUCUUGGCAAAUCUGUGGGAAUCUUCAUGGACUAGUAGUUGGAGCAACAAACAUUCUCGAGUAAAACAAUUUGUUCUAUCGCCAACUACGAGCCUUCUUUACCAAGUUCAAGACUUUCAAAUGUCUAUUGUACAGUCAUCAAAUUCUCCCGUUGCAUCAUUGGGCGUUUGUGCUGACUUAGUCCUAAAUGCACCGGAUAUUUUCUCUAUUUUAUGAACAUUAUUGAAAUUACUUAGCCUAGACACUCCUUUACGGCACCUGGUAGCAAGCAUGGACUCAUAUUCAUAAGAAAUCGGCGCAUUAUUUUUCCUUUUACUCUAGCUAUCUGUCUUUAUUCUCUUUUCAUGCAUCAUGGCGUGGCGGGAUUGUCACAUGUUUUUUUGCUCACAUUUUUGCCUUACCUUGUCUUUCUGCAAGUCGGCAAGGCGAUCUAUCUAUGUUUUGGCGGGUAUGGUAUGGAUUGGUCUGGUCUGGUCUGGUGGGAAUUUGGUAUGGUUGGUUGGUCACUUGCUUGCAAAGGAUUUGGGAAUGCAUAGGGAUGGAGUGUAUGUGUGGAAGGGAAGAGAAGAAAACAGAAGAGAAGCGAAGUGAGGGGAUGAUUGAAUGACCUGGCGUGAAUCAGAUAAUCGUAAGAAUCAGAAUAUUAAGAAUGAGAUUAAGAAUGAGAUUGGGAUUGAGAUUGAGAUUGAGAUUGAGAUUUUGGAAGAGUGAGAGAGUGUGAAAGUGAGAGUAGGUGUAGGGUAAGGAUUAGAAAGAAAGAGAGAAAAGAAAGGAUAUGUUGUUCCGAUUCCGAACGAGAAUGAGAUGUGAUGUAAUA